AUGAAAUCAAGAGGUCUGUCAACACCAGGAAAAUAAUAAUAGGAAGUGCUUUAAAUAGUGUUUGAUCUCGGAGAAAAGAAACAAGAAACAUUGCAUGUAUACGAUGAUUCUGAUAUAACUAUGAUUGCAAAAGAAUUUGUUAACAAACAUUCAUUAAAAGAGGAGGCUACUAUUUUAAUAGAAUAAACAAUAAUUAGCAAUCUUUAAGAUAGCCAUUGUUCUAAAUAAAGCAUUUUUGAUCGAUUACAUAAUGAAGCUGCCGUUAAGACCCAAAAAAGACAAUAAUAAUUUAUCACCAACAGUUUAUCUUAGACUUUUAGUGCUUAAAAAACAUUACCAUACAAUGCAGGAGAAUAGUUGUAUUUGAAAUCGAAGCAAAGUCGAGUUUCAGAGCAUAAAUAAGAUGUUUUAUAUUCUUUCAAGCCGUAUAUAAGUGAGAAAAGCUUAUCUUUGGCCAAAAGACCUAACAUGCCAACUUAAGAUUAUUUGAUUAUGCAAGGCAAGUAGAUGGCAUACAGAAAAGAACAAUUAAGAAACAGUAGAAUGGCAGAGUAGAAUUAAUACUGUUCAUUUUAGCCUGCCAUCAAUCCUAUGUAAAUUAGAUUAUAAAUUUUGAUUAGAAGCCAAAAGAUUUCUUAAGAAAAGGAAAGAAACUACUCGAGUGCACAAACAAGCUCGAUACAUGAUCGAUUAUAUCAAUAAGGCUUAAAUUCUUUAAAGAAAAAGAAAGAUGCAAGUCAAAUGAUUAAUUACUCUUGCAUGAUGUCUCCAAUAAAACGAAAGCCUUCAGAUAUUCCAUUUUUAGAGAGAAUGCAAAUGUCCAUACAGAAAAGACAAAAGAAGUUAGAAGAAACUGUGCUGACUGAAGAGCCGACACAUGAUAUAACAACUGGUUAAAAAUUAUACCGACCAAUUAUUGGAAGACCACCCACCAAUGAACGAAAUAACUCAAAUCUUCCAAUUGGAGAAUAUUUAUUUCAGAUGAGAACUGUAUAAGAGGAUCAUCACAAUUAUUUAAUUGAAUAAUAACGAUAAUCCCUUAUGAAUUCUAAGGCCAAAUCUUCGGAAAAAUCAAGCUAGAUUUAUGAGGACAAGAAGAGAAAAGUUCUUGAAGAUAUAUUCGCAUUACUUGAUUCAGAUGGAGAUGGGUAAAUUUCGGCAUCCUCUAUAGAAAUAUCUGGAAUACAAGCAGAGAUUUUAUCUAUUCUAGCACCCCUAUUAUGUGAAAUGGAAUCAAUCUAGGCUCAUUUAGAUUUAGAAUAAUUUAUAGAAGCAGCCAAUAGAUUGAUAUAAUCUUUAAAUGUUUCAGAUAAAAAUAAAUUAAUAAAUGGAUUAAGACCAAAAAAAAUGCUAGAUCUCGAUUAAUGUACUUUUUAACCUAAACUAUGCAAGCACUCAAUGAAAUUAGUUAAAUCAGGCCCUAAAUUAUAAUAGAAUAAACUUGAAUUAGUGAAACAAGAAUAGGAGCAAAAAGUAAUGUAGGAAUGCACCUUUAAACCUCAAUUAUACAAUCCACUUAGAAUUUAUGAUUUCAUGCUUAACCAAUGA